AUGGAGUACUUUAUCAAGAGAGUCAGGAGGGAGGUGAAGUCAGAUGUGGGAUACUAUAAAUGUUACAAUGCAAGGGGAUUAGCUAGGAACAUGAUUAAUGGUAGUGCAGCAGAUGAGUACAAGAGGGUUUGGGAUUAUGUUGAGGCAAUUAGAACAUACUAUCCAGGUAGCACAGCUGUGGUCAAGCUUGAGAGCAUUGAUAACCUCCCUCCCCUGUUCCAAAGGAUGUACAUUUGCUUACAACCUUGCAAAGAAGGGUACAGGGCUGGUUGUAGGCCAAUUUUGGGUGUGGAUGGGUGUCACCUUAGAGGUCCAUACCCAGGGAUAUUACUGACUGCUGUUGGGAAAGAUGGGAACAACAACAUUUUCCCAGUUGCUUGGGCUGUGGUUGAGACAGAGAACUCAGACACUUGGAUCUGGUUUUUGGAGCUGCUGGUUAAGGAUCUUGGUUCUGUAGCAGAUGCAGUUACUUGGGUGCAUGAGAAAGGAGAUGAAGCUGUGGAAGGAGAAGAUGACAAUGUGGCCUUCAUAUCUGACAGGCAGAAGGGGCUGCUUGAUGCCUUCAGAACAGUCAUUCCAAAUGCUGAAACAAGGUUCUGUUGUAGGCAUAUAUGGGCCAACUUCAAACUUAAAUUCCCAGGGGAGGUUUACAAGGAGUUCUUUUGGAAGGCAGCAAGGUCAUCAACCAAGCAUGAAUUCCAAGCAAACAUGGUUGAGAUUAAGAAGCUCAGUGUUGAUGCUUUCAAUUAUCUCACUGCAAUUCCUGUUAGUAAUUGGUCUAGGCAUGGUUUUAGUCCUAGGGCCAAGUCAGGAAUGAUGUUAAAUAAUUGUUGUGAAAGCUUCAACAAUGUGUUGAAGGAUGCAAGGACAAAACCUAUCUUGUCUCUGAUGGAAUGGAUCAGAAGAUAUGUGAUGAUGAGAUGCUGUGCAAAGAGACAAGGCUUGCAAAACUUUGAGGGUACAAUCAUGCCUUCAGUUGUGAAGAUGAUAGAAAGGGGGCAGAAGGAAAUAUACAACAUGAGGCUGAUACAAGCAGAUUUGCAUGUUUUUGAGGUUCAACAUGGUGGGGACUGUUUUGUUGUGAAUCUGGAGAACAAAUCCUGUGGUUGCUACAGGUGGACAUUGAUGGGGAUCCCUUGUUGGCAUGCCUUGGCUUGUUUAGCCCAAAUGAGACUUGAUUAUGAAGAUUAUGUUCAUCAAGCAUAUCAUGUUGCAACUUAUGCCAAAACUUAUGCACCCAAGUUCAAUGCAAUGCCUGGACAAAAUCAAUGGGAAGUAACACCAUAUCCACAACCUCUCCCCCCAUCUUAUAAGAUUAUGCCUGGUAGGCCAUCAAAGAGGAAGAGAAGAAAGGAGCCAGGGGAAGGAAAGAAGGGGAAGGGAAGCAGUUGGGUCAAGAGACCUAAGAGGCAAAACAUGUGCAAGAGGUGUGGUGGAUUGGGCCACUACCAAAAGAGCUGUAUCAGACCCCCCAUGGCUGAUGGUGUUGUUCAAAACAGAGGGGGGAGGCCAAGAACAAGGCCACUGCCAGCACAGCCUGCACAGCAACAUCCAUCACAGCCACAAUCAUCACAUCCUGCAGCACCUAGCCCCCAACCCACAAAUGCAGUACCUAGGCCACAACCAAGGCCAAUGAAGCAGAAGCAUGUUGCAGGCAAGAAGAAGGCCACAACAGCUACCACCUCCCAAGCCAAAGGAAAGAGUGCAUAUGUCCCUAAAAAGAAGAAAACAACCUCUGUGAAUGCCAUACAAGGCUCACAACCUUCCCAAAAGAGUUGCAUCUCUCAAAACAACACCUAAGUUUGUAAAAGUCAACUUUAGUUAUGUAGUAAAAGUCAACUUUUGCCUUAUUUUGUGUACUUUUGGUUAGUUUAAAACAAUCAACUUUUUAAGUUAUUUUGUGGUGACUUUGUAAAAUUCAGGUUACUCCAUCUA